GGCAUAUGUUUCCAAAUGAGUGCAAACACCUAAGUCAUUUAUUUAAUUCUUUUGAAUCUUUUGGCAAUGAUUUUAGUAAAUGUGUCUAUGAUUUUGAUGAUGAGGGUGAAUUCCACCAUGCAUGGGAAACAAUGAUUCAGAAAUAUGAUCUUACAAAUAAUACAUGGUUGCAACAAUUAUUCAAUGAAAAAGAGAAGUGGGCAUUAGUGUGUGGAAAAAAAGUAUUUUGUGCUGAUAUGAAAAGCACACAACGUUGUGAAAGUUUGAACAAGGAUUUGAAGAGAUACUUACAUCCAGGGCAAAAUAUUCUCAGAUUUUUUGAACACUUCGAACGAUUGGUGGAUGAUAGAAGGAACGCUGAAUUAGAAGCAAAUUUCAAAAUGACUCAAAGUUCACCCAUUGUGUUGUUUCCUAUUAAUAUUUUGGAGCAUGCAGCUAGUGUCUACAUGACAACCAUUUUAAAAUUAUUCCAGUCUGAGUAUACCAACAGUCUUGGUCAAACUGUUGAAAAACUAGAAGAGUCUGGGAUGGUGAUUAAAUACCAAGUACGUAAAAGUAAAAAGCAUAGACUCCACAUCGUUACCGUGAACUCAACGGAUGAGUUUUUUGAAUGCAGUUGCAGAAAGUUUGAAUUUAUGGGUAUUUUAUAUUCCCAUAUAUUAAAAGCAACAAAUCAUACCCUCACAAGACUGCCAUCGAAAUACAUCUUAAAGAGGUGGACCAGAGAAGCUGCUUCAUAUUCCUUUCCUUCGGUUGUUAGAGGAUGUGGCUUGGAUGGAGACUUUAAGAAACUACUGUCUCAUCGUUAUAACAGCUUGAUUUCCAACUUUGUUAAGUUGUCAUCAAUGGGUUGUGAAAGUGAAGAGUCAUUUCAAUGUGUUACUAAAUAUUCUGAGUUGAUGCAUCAGGAAUUGCAAAAAAUAUUUAAAGAAAAAGCAAAAUUAAAAGGACCAUCAUCCAUUGAAGAUUGUUGCAAUAAUAAUGAGAGUUAUAAACAGGAUGAUUGUGUAAUUUUAAAUGUUGACAAUGCACAGUUGAAAGACAAAAUCAUUGAAAUAAAAAAAGAAGCUCAUGAAACAAGAAUGGGGAAUCUCAAUGACUUUAACAAAGAAGAUCGUGGAAUUAAAAGAAAAGGAGCUGAAAUUGUUGAAGGUAAAGAAGAAGCUUAUAAAAUCAAGAGAAAGGAGCAAUGUCAUGGUAGACCUAGAUUUAAGAAUUGUUUGGAAAAGGAAAAAACAAAGAAACGCCAAAAGAAAGUGCAGAAAAGUGAACCAAUGCUAUACCCUACUAUUGAAGAUCUCAGAGAUGCGUCAAAUCCAAUCCAUCAUCAUACAUGUCUCACACAGGGAUACAAUUGUGUUUGUUUGGAUCCCGUAACUACGUACUUUCAAUCAGGGUUAUCUCAUUCCGUCGUUCAACCACAUCAAGCCGUCCAGGGCCAUCUCCAACCCUCGAUUCACUUUCCUAAUAAUUUAAGUUUCACUCAAUUACUUAAGAAUACUACAAAUUACGCAGCAUUCCGACAUCCUGUCGCAGGUUGUAGUAGUUCAAUAAUUGGAAAAGAAGGACAACAAUCCUCGUGACUUAUGAAUGUUCUACGACAAAUUUAUUAUCUAAAUGUCAUUGAUUUUCUACUCCUACUAUCACAAAUGUUUGC